AUGACGAAUUUUGUAUUGUUACAGUAUAUUAAACGUUAUGGAUCGAAAUUAACGUCUGAUGAGUUGCUGGAGUUUGAUGCGCUGACAGAUGACUAUGAGGUCAGCUGGCAUGUGAGGCAUCUGAGAAGUUCAUUGACUCCAACGUCAAAUGAACUGAAGUCGAGGGCAGUUCAAGUGAAGAACCGGAGGCGAGCGUAUUUGAAUAAGUUGAUAUUUGAUGGGCAGUAUUUCUCGGAGGAUUCGAUGAGGGAGAGAGAGCCGUACUUGCAUCACGAGUAUGUGUGGAAGUUUCAAGACCUGAGUGAUAGGAGCAUGGCAAGACCUGGGGAGCGGUGGUCGGAUACUUUGUUGAGGAGGGCGGAGGAGGCGAUUUUGGUUGCAAAGGUUAGAGGGGAGCAGCAGAGGUUGGGUGUUGCUGAGAGUGAUUGGGUUGGCGGUGAGGGAAUUCAGCAGGUAGAGGAACAUGAGGAGGAAGAGGAAGAGGAUGAGGAAGAGGAAGAAGAAGAAUCUAACAAGGUUAAUGGGGGCACACAAUCAUCAGAGAAGCAGGUGGAUCCUCCUUAUGUGGCCAAUGGUCCUGAUACCGCAGACCAUCCCGAUGCGCCCAAUGUUGCACAAGCAACCACAGCAGUGCAGGGUGAGCAAGCAAAUGUAUCUGCAGAAGAGUUGCAAGAUCUGAUGGACCAGUUCACCUUCAUCAUGCAUGAGAAAUUUUUGUUGGGAGAAGAUCUCGAGUACUUAGAUUACUCAAAAAUUGACAACGACGAGACAUUGGAUGAUCACUGGCAGAGGGAAGCCAACGAUGACGCUGAAGAGAAGUACUUUGUGUUCAUAAUCUAG